AUGACAAUGCAGCAUCAUCCGAAUGUGAAGGUGGUCCGGGUGGAAGGUGAGGCCGCGGCUGCGACGAGCCACCACGACAAGGAGAAGAUCACCGUCGCCAUCGACGCCGAGCUGCUGGAAUGCGGCGUUUGCUUCGGUCCAUUGACGCCACCUCUUUUCCAGUGCACCAAAGGCCACAUCUCGUGUUCAGAGUGCUGCACCGAUGGGGCUCUGGACUACGAUUGCCUGAUGUGCCGUGAGCCGGAGACCGCCACCCGCUGCCGCGUCAUGGAGCGCAUCCUCGACGGCCUGUCCGUGCCGUGCGCGUUCCGGCAACACGGCUGCGCCGAGAUGGUCCCGUACGCGGACAAGCAGGACCACGUCGCGUCGUGCAUCCACGCCCCGUGCCACUGCCCCAUCGCCGGCUGCGCCGGCUACACCGGCGCGUCCCUGCGCUACCACAUCAAGGUGGACCACCCGGCAGUGCAGAGCACCCUCGUCAGGCUUGGCUGCCUCACCGCGCUGAGGAUGCGCGGGGGCGAGCCGGCCCGCGUGGCGUGCCUCGGGAACGGAAGGACGGAGUUCCUGCUCGUCGUCGGCCAGGACGUGCCGUCGGGGCGCACGCUGUCAGUGCUCCACCUCAUGGACGAGCCGUCCGACGAUGAGGACUUCAAGUACAAGAUCGAGGUGGUCGGCGAGGCCGGCGUGCUCUCGCUGUCCGGUCAGGCCGAGGGCGUCGAGCGGCUGGCGAAGCCGUACCAGGCGAGCGCGUUCCUGUUCGUCCCCAACGCCAUCUGGGACUCCUCCCCUGAGGACGUCCCAGUGUUCAUCGAGCUGAAAUGAAGGCCUGUUUGGAACGUGUGGAUUUUUCUUAAUCUCUAGACUGUCUCCUAUGAAAUUUCAACAAAAUUCCUGAAUUGCAUACCGAGUUACCGACUGUGGUAUGUUGGACAUUCAUUUCGAUAGCUGCUUUUAGUCUUUAACUUGUAAGCUGCGUUCCUCAGUGAACUCCAUCUGCUGGUCUGUCUGCUCUUUGUCAAACAACAUACUUAUGCAGUCUAUGGGCAUGGUAAGUAGUUCAACUAGUUUAGAAACUUUUAGAUACAUGAUUAGCAUGAAAUCCUUAAGGAUAUGAUUGGCAUCAUAAACGCGCAUGAUCUAAAUGACUUGCUUAUUGCAGUAACUGGAAAGUACAGAUGAAAUCCGAGAAGAACGGUAAAUCCAGUGAUGCUCUGCUGUUACAGAGACACAUUACACUGUUUUUCGUUUCUCUUUUUGGUUGGCAUGCAGUGUACCAAAGAUGUUCAGAGUGCUGCACCGGUCAGGCUAGGUUCUGCCUGAUGUGCAGGUGAGCCGGAGACCGCCACCCGCUGCCGCGCCAUGGAGAGCAUCCUCGGCGGCCUGUCCGUGCCGUGCAAGUUCCGGCAGCACGGCUGCACCGCGAUGGUCCCUUACGCGGAGAAGUCCGCCCACGACGCGUCGUGAAUCUACGCACCGUGCUACUGCCCCCAUCGCCGGCUGCGCAGGCGGCUA